AUGCUGCUGAAAAUACUUCAAACAGGGUUUAUGGGUGGAAAAAACAUAAGGAAAAUGUCACAAUAUAAAUUAACAUAUUUUAAUGUAAAGGGGUUAGGAGAACCUAUAAGAUUUAUAUUUGCUUAUAUGGGAAAAGAAUUUCAAGACAACCGCAUUUCUCAUGAAGAAUGGCCACAAUUCAAAGAGAAAACACCGUUUGGCAAAAUGCCAUUUUUAGAAAUUGAUGGUAAAGUCUAUUAUCAAUCAGUUCCUAUUUUAAGAUACUUAGCACCUCAGGCAGGUUUGGCUGGAAAAAAUGCUGAGGAAGAUUUGGAAAUUGAUAUGAUUGCUGGAGCCUAUGGAGACCUAAUUUCUGAGGUUACAAGAUAUAGGCGAAUGGAAAAUCUGAUUGAGAAAGAAAAACUAAGGGAAACCUUUAUUAAUGAGACAGUUCCAUUUUACAUGUCAAAGUUUGAAACUAUUUUGAAAAAAAAUGGAGGAUAUUUGGCAAAUGGAAAGCUCUCAUGGGCUGAUUUGUAUGUUGUGGGCCACAGUUCAUCUUUACCUGGAUUGAUUGGGUAUGAUUUAAAUGAGAACUAUCCCUUCUGGAAGGAAUUGACUGAAAGGGUUUACUCUGUUCCUGGAAUCAAAGAAUGGAUCAAAAAAAGACCAGAGGCUGUUUUUUGAAUAAAAUAGAAACAA